GACUCGCCACUCACCGGCCUCGGCCCGCCCAGCAGCAUUAGAGCGGCAUGGCAACGGCUCGGAGACGGGGGGAGAAGGUGUGGUGAGAGGGGACAGUCCAACCGGACCAGAGAGAGUGCAGCAGCAGUAGCACUAUCCCCACUCUCUUCACUGACUGGAGACACGCACCGUGUGGCACCUCGGCCAUUCAGCGCUCACACACUGAGACAACGAUGCACCACCGCCGCCGCUCCGCACAGUCGCUGCCGCUGCUGACCAGGUGUUGGACUAAACAACAGGGACGUCGUUAACGUGACAGAAGAUACAAACUUGUAUGUAUGUGCUGUGCGCCCUUCUCCCUGGUCCCGUACACAGACGAUCGAGAAGAUGCUGAGCCGACUGAUGAGCAGCAGCAUCAGGAGUCUGGACAGGGAAUGCAACUGCACUGUGAGGCUGCUGGACGACUCGGAGUACACCUGCACGAUUCAGCGGGAUUCCAAGGGACAGUACCUGUUCGACCUCAUCUGCCACCAUCUCAACCUGCUAGAGAAAGACUACUUUGGCAUUAGAUAUGUCGACCCAGACAAGCAGAGGCAUUGGUUGGAGUUUACAAAGUCAAUUGCCAAACAAAUGAAAUCCCAGCCUCCAUUCACCAUGUGUUUGCGUGUCAAGUUUUACCCUCCUGACCCCGCUGCCCUAAAAGAGGAAAUUACCAGAUAUCUCGUCUUCCUGCAGGUUAAGAGGGAUCUCUAUCAUGGCCGCCUCCUGUGCAAGACAUCAGAUGCUGCUCUGUUGGCUGCCUACAUAUUACAAGCUGAAAUUGGCGACUACGACCCCGGGAAACACCCAGAGGGCUACAGCUCCAAGUUCCAAUUUUUCCCCAAGCACUCGGAGAAGUUGGAGCGGCGGAUUGCUGACAUCCACAAGACUGAGCUGAUAGGUCAGAGUCCUGAAACGUCAGAGCUCAACUUCCUCCAGAAGGCUCAGAUGCUGGAGACGUACGGAGUGGACCCUCAUCCAUGCAAGGAUGUGUCUGGCAACCCAGCUUUUCUGGCUUUUACUCCUUUUGGAUUCACUGUGCUACAAGGGAACCGGAGGGUCCAUUUCCUCAAAUGGGAGGAGGUGACCAAACUCAAAUUUGAAGCAAAGACAUUCCAUAUAUAUGCAAAUCAGAAGGAGGAUAAGAAGAUCAUACUGACAUACUUUGCACCUACACCUGAGGCCUGUAAGCAUCUGUGGAAGUGCGGAGUGGAGAAUCAGGCUUUCUACAAGUUGGAGAAGUCCAGUCAAGUCCGCACUGUGUCCAGUAGUAAUCUCUUCUUCAAGGGUAGUCGCUUUAGAUACAGUGGAAAAGUUGCAAAAGAGGUGAUGGAACAAAGUGCCAAAAUUAAGAGAGAUCCCCCCGAGAUACACAGGGCUGGCAUGGUACCAAGCAGGAGCUGUCCAUCCAUCACCCACGGCCCUCGUUUGACCAGUGUGCCCAGGACCCGACGGAGAGCUGUGCAUAUCUCCAUCAUGGAGGGUCUGGAGUCCCUUCGAGACAGCGCUCACUCCACACCUGUGCGCUCAGUCUCCCAUGGCGAUUCCUUCAUGUCGUCUCGGGGCCAUUUGUCGGACGGCAGCGAGGCAAGCACGUCAGCAGUCAUCUCCGACGAGGCCUACAGCCCCUCAGACAGUGUGCUGCCUACACCUGUGGCCGAACACGGGAUGGAGAUGCCUUUAGCCCGUCACCUCAACGGUGCUCCCUGCAGCAUCGAUGAGGAGAAGGACUCAGAGGCGGGCACAUCGAAAGCAGGGGAAGAGUUUUCCUCGGGCAGGAGAGCACUGCGUAUGGCCAAGAGCAGGCCAUCACCGCAGAGCGACGUGGAGGAGCUGAACAAGUUCGUCCUGAGCGUGUUGCGUCUGUUCCUGGUUACCAUCGGACUGCUGUUCGCCCUGCUGCUGCUCCUCAUCAUGCUGACAGAGUCAGACCUGGACAUUGCCUUCCUGAGAGACAUCCGCAAGACACCUGAAUUCCAGCAGUUCCACUUUGAAUACUUCUGCCCUCUGCGGCGCUGGUUCGCCUGUAAGUUACGGUGGAUGGGAGGGUUCCUCAUCAGCAAGUGAGGCAGAGACCGAGUGACACAACACAGGCCUCCACUGAGGGACAUGGGACACACAACAGGCAGGUCAGGAGAGAGGAGGAUGGCAGUCCCAUUCCCAAUGUCAGCUCAGCUUCUCCCAAGAAGGAGCUCCUGUCACAAGCCACGGACUGUCCCCUGAAGAGCCUUGUUUAUUACGUUUGACCAUCACUGCGAGGAAAGGAAAUCACAUUUUACUUUGGAGAUUCAGGUCAUUUCAAGGUAUUUUAUUUUUACACAAAGCCACAGUACCAGGGUUUAAUUUAAACACUGAAAGGGACAAGCAAGUCUGACAGACUUCACUUCUUCAACCACAGAUAAUAGUUGCCUUUAUUUUUGUAUUAAUUUAUAUGUUGCAACAUUACUGUAAGACAGAGUGACCUGAUGUGUCGGGGUGUGUGUUGUGUGACCUGAGAGUUUGAGUAAAGUUUUGAGAGACGAUGAGACAGGAGGCAGUCUAGCUCAUCUAAUUUUCACAUGUCAAAGCCAACAACAACAUUUAUGAUAAUAAAAUGUUAUUGUGGUCGCUGCUACGAGAUUGACAGCUGCUGUUUUGAGUUGUACGAGUAUCUGGGUGUGAGAGAAAGUGUGGAAUGGAAAACUAAGAAGCACUUUCUGAAUGUAGAUCAGUCCUGAGUCAAAUAGUGUUUGCAGAUAUAAUUUUUUUUAGCAAAUGUUAAACCGUGUAGAAUUUGCCAUGAAGAGUUAUAAACAGACAUGGGACCAAGUCAUUGGUUUCCAAGUCACAAGUAAGUCUCAAGUCUUUGCACUCAAGACCCAAGCCAAAUCCCAACUAAAGACAGGCAAGUCUCGAGUCAAGUCUCAAGUCCUAAACUUUAAGUUUCCUAAACAAGUCAUAAAGCAGUCUUCAUCAAAUGUCAUAUCGUUUUAACAAAAUAAUAAGAUCCUCCUGAGACCUGAACUUUAGUUUUGUAUGCAUUUUUAAGUUCUCCUAACUAUUUGGCAUCAGCAGGACCUGAUUAGUGUAAAAAACUAAACAUCAAUGAUAGUAAAGUCCCUCAAAAAGAGUUGAUAAUAAAUUCCCAACGUCUUCAAAUGACUACUUCCAAAUUUGCAGCAUCUUAGCUGUUGCUAAAAUUGGUCAAAAUGUCUUGCCAUAUCAACCUACCAACUUUACUAAUCUUAAAGGGCCAGUGUGUAAUAUUUGGCAUGGUUUAUUGUCAAUCUGAAUCUGAAUCUGAAUAUUCUACCCAUUAAUAUGUUUAUACAAGUGUAUAAUCACUAUAAAAUAAAAUUCGUUUGGUUUUCGUAGCCUUAUAAUUAUGCUUUUAUAUACACAUAUAUAUAUAUCAAGGGCCUUGCUUUAGAGAGGUUGCCAUCUUGUGCCGCCAUGUAUGUACGGCAGACCAAGUGGACAAUCCAGCCGGCCAGAGAACGCGUUUCACGUGUAUAAAUGAACCAACGAAGACAGCGGAAGGAAGGAAGAAGGAGGAAGAAACAGCAGAGAGUGUUAGUAGUUCGUCGAUAGAGAGUAGUGAAAAGUUUUUUUAGUUAUAAAGUUUGCGAAUGGACCACACUUACCACGCAACAGGAGAGAAUGAACCCGAACCGUCAUCUGCGAGGAAAAGAAGACGCAACUUCACUCCUUGUGAUGCACUCUCUGCGGCGCUUUUCCUCCUGAUGAUAUAUCUCCCCAACGAUGGUAGCAGUAGCACUGAAUCCCAUUCUGUGCAUUCAGCCUCUCUUCUCGCCCGCUCAGCAUCAAACACAUGGAGUUCCUCAUCUGUAUGCUCUGGCUCAAACAGGUAUGGCUCUGGGUCUGUGUCCGCUACAAGAAACUCUUCAAAAUCACGUUCAAAGUCGUCCAUUGCAGCUACUAUAGUCCGGAGAUAUUGCUAGGCUAAAUAAACAGCUGAGCUCUGUUUACAGGCUACGCUGUCAGUGUGCGGGCUGGAGCUUGGCGGAGCAGAGAGGGGAGGGGGGUCCCCACUCGGUAUGGUAAACGAGUCUGUGUGUAAAGUUAUGAAGUGUGUCUGUUACGCUAGAAGAGUCAGAGUUUGGGACGGAGUGGAGUGUUACCGGAGUUUCUGGAGUGCUCAAAUAAACGGGCCUUUUUCCCGAACACUCCUCUGGUCUCCUGCUCAUGAGGGAUUCAUUACAAUAUCGUAGCAUGAUUUAGAUUUCUAAAUAAACAUACAACUCGUCGCUAGAUAGAUCUACUCCUGAAAAACUCGUGCGCAAGGCUUUUUGUCCCUACGAGGCCACCGUCAUUUACCCGACGGGAGGGGUGAGCGAGUGAGUCCUGCAAUCUAGAAUUUGACCACUGAUGUCACUGUUUUCAACCCAUUUUACACACUGGCCCCUUAAAUAAACAUGUUUCAACCAUAAUAUGUGAUCUGGUUUUGUACCUUGUCCACUUUUGUGUUGGGAUCAGCUGCAGACUGACUGGGCAGAGAUAGCUGCCAUCUUGUUUUUACUUGGAUUAGUGUAUUGUGGUCUUACUACCACUAUAUAGCACAAAAAAAGUGUCCAGGAAUGAGGACAACAGGUCUAAGUCAAGCAGAAUGAAGUUUAUGGUGCAGCAAACCCAAACUGUGAUGUCCUCAUGAGGACACAGGGUCUCAGGAGGAUAUGUUAAAUAAACAAAAAUCAUGAAUGCCUUUUAAAAUUAGCAUUUAUUUGUUCAAAUAAGUGUGUUAUAAAGUUACUUAGCUAUUAAGCUAAUAUUAGCAUGUAAACUGUGUUAAUAUUAGCCUGGAUUUAUUGUUUUUUAUGCAACUUCAAAUGUCAAAUAUCGUUGGAAGUUGUGUCUCAUCGGUAAUUUUUAAUCUAAAAGUUUUGUAUUCUACAAUUAGUUGUGGUGUCGACCACCACAUGGUUUUUGCGCGCAAACAAAAGUGCAAACUGUCACUCAGUAACAUACUUUUAGUUCUUCAUGGUUCUGUCUUGCAACUCAACUGAAUGCUGUUGGCUUGGUUCAAACAAAGUGGAUCUGGGGAAUGUCAACUGGUGGGGAAUCAACAGCGUUCACAUUAGUUGAUUCAGGUAAUGAAGGUAAAUUAGUUGAUUUGUGACUCACUUAUUAAAUAACAUACUUUUUAAUCUUCAAACUUUCAUACUUUCAGUACUUUCAGGUCAAAAGGCUCAAGUCCAAGUAAAGUCAUGAUUCAUUGGCGUUUGAGUCCAAGUCGAGUUGCAAGACAAGUCUUUUUUGAUUUUGAAGUGUCUAAAGUAAUCAAAUACGUGACUCGAGUCCAAGUCAUGUGACUUGAGUCCACAUGUCUGGUGAUGAGCGAGUUAAUACUGACAGUAAAGAAUAGGAAAAUUGAUUACUUUUUAAUGAUUGGCAACUUCCCUGACAACCCAAAAUCUGGUUUAUUGACUUAAAAUGCCAAGAAUGAGCUGCAGUAGCUAUUUGACUCAGGAGUGAAGCAGGUGCUGCUCUGUUAGAUGACAUGAUUGAUCAUUUUUGUAAUAAGUGUUGUGGUCAGACGUCCAUUAUCAGUGUGCUCACAUUACCAUUUUUGUCCAGCCACUAGAGCACCGAUAAAGUUUUGUCGUCCAAUGACUAUAAAUUAUGGAUAAAUUGUAAGGACAUAAGUAAGUAACGAAGGUGGUAGGUUUACUGGUUUUAUAAAAUAGCAGCCAAAUAAUUCUAAUAGCUACAAUCAACUUGUGUGUGUAAGGAACAGUUGUCACUUUGCCGUAGUUACUUUUACAGUAGUUGUAAAGGUGAUGGGACUAUGUGAGCUAGCGCUGUAGUGAUAGUGAAGUGUUUGGUUAGUUCUUUGACUCCCACACUCUGUAGAAGGAGUUUAUCUUGAUGUGCAAUACUGUUGAUAUAUAAACAAAAACAAGAUCCUUUCCAUUAGGGGAAAUCUGACCUUGUUUUUCCUUUGUAAAGUGCAGAAAUUAGUGCAAUUUUCCCACAGUAUCUGGUUAAGACAGCUUGUUUUUAGUUCAUGUUGAGUGAAGGUCAUUUAAUUUUGUUUCGCCCUGCUGUGUUCAAGUUUAUGCAUUUAUCUGUAAAGGCUGAAUAUAUUUAAACCAUGUUUCCAUUUUUGUACAAACCGAUGUCUCGUUAACACGCAGAGAUUUCCUCACAGCGACUUUUAAUGGACCUGAAGUGUUAUUUUUUACAGUGGAUGUAUAGUUUUCAGCCCUGCUUACGAGAGAGCCUAAGAUAAGUCAUGUUUACAUCCUACUGCAAUCGUCAUCAUCGCACCUACCAAAGAAACCUCUGUUGUCUGAUAUAUUAUGUCAGUGUGCGUCAACAGAUGAAAACUCUUGAUAGUCUGCUCUCCUUCUCCAGCCUUAUUACGUAUGUGUUAUUUCACAGGUUAGCCCACUGAGUGUCUUUAUAGACCAGUGCAAUCAACAGCAGAAACCCUAGAGUCAGUUAAAGCACUGGUCCUCUCAACAAGUCUUCAGGUGGUUGAUUAGAAUAUAUGUAGAUGUACAUGCUGUGUGUCAGCGUGUAUGUGUUAAUAUACCUAAAAUAAAAUGGAUGUGUUAUUUAUGCAACAAAAGGAAUGGUUUAGGAUGCUGACUGGCCGAGGGGUUUAGAUAUAGGUGCCUGUAGGCAAUCUGGAAAGGUACCACGUUAAUAUUAAAAUUUCUCCCAUUAAAUCCACAGGUUGAAAAGAACCCUGUGAAUCGCCCUGUAGUGUUAAACCCCUGGCUUUAAAAGCUGAUUUUAUUUUUGUACAUAAAACAAUUUAAAAUUCAGAAGCUGUGAAAUAAGCAGAGUAUUAAUAAUUCUGUUUUUCCUUUUAGUUCAGAAUGGGAUAAGUUAGAAAUAUUGACAGAUAUAUUUAUAUUUAAUGGAAACCCCCCCCCAUGUUUUGUGGUUGUUUUUUUAGACUUGUGUGUGUUGUAUGUGUUUGUUCUAACUCAGAUGGUUCUCGCUGGUUUUUGAUCGUGUCAGGUAAGAGGCCAGCUGAGGCAGAAAUGUACUUUAUUACUUCCUAUAAUUUGUACUUUAAAGUCUCAUUAUGUUCACGUGUUUGACAACCUUCACAACAUAAUUGGAGCAAUAAAUGUAACCAAUAGUGUAAUAAUGAUUAAUAACUGCAAACAGAUGUUUGGCCAUCAACUGGACAUUGAAAAUGUCUUUGAAUCCCCUCAGAAGGUCAAACAGCCUGCAGAUGCAUGUGUGAAGGGAGUGGCGCCCACCCACAGUGGUUGAUCAUGUCUCAUGUAAAUCCUGUUUGUUGCCUGAUCCUAGACUGCUCUUCCUUCACUCAUAUUAGAGGAACAGAUAUGUUUUCUUCUGAGAGUACAUGUAAAUGAAAUGGACACCCAACAGAAGACCCAUUUUCCCUCGACUCAAAGGGGAGGUGGAGCAGUUUGUAUUUUUAGCCAAUUUAAAAACAGCAAAAGUAGCAUUAUCAACUACUUGAAUAUUUCCUUUUGCAAUGCAGUUCAGUAUAUUUUGUUUUCUUUAUAUUGCUUAAGUCUUUGUCAGGAGGGGGUGACAGUUCCAUCGACAGGCAACUCUUGUAUUCAUUUUACUGAAUCAUGUAAACAGGAAUGAGGCCUCUGAUGUGGUCUUACUGUAAGCUUCCUUCCUGUACCAUGGCCCUGCACAUGGAAAUGUCUCUGUAAGCAUGUGUUCUGCAUUUAUUACCUCCGAACAAGACUGCUUAUUUCCAAUCACUGA